AUGGCAUCGGUUUUAAAAUGGGCAAGAGCAGCUACCAGAAGAGCACCAUCACUUCUACUUAUCUUCCCUACGAAAGGGUUUGAAUUGAUCGACGACGCCCUGCUACUUGACGAAGAAGAAUUUGAGGGUUUCGAAAAAGGGCUGUACUAUCCUGUGAAUAUUGGCGAUGUUUUUGCGUCUAAAUAUCAAGUUGUUGAAAGCUUGGCUACGGCAGAGCAUAAACAUGUCUCUCUGAAAGUUUACAUCCGUGAUGUAGACCCACAGGAAGAAUUUCAGAUCUAUCAACGUCUAAGCACAGGAAACAAGUACCAUCCUGGAUAUCGCCAUAUUAGAACAGCCCUGGGAAUAUUUACGAUACCCCGUGAAGGCGGUGAUCAUGCCUGUCUUGUUCAAAACCCAAUGUGGGAGAGCUUCAAAUACACCUGUUAUCGCCUUCCUGGCGGCUGUUUCACAGAGAAAAUCCUGAAAGGUACAAUGCAACGGCUGUUUGCGGCUUUGGAUUACUUGCAUACUGAAUGUCAACUUGUUCAUACCGACAUCAAGCCAGAUAACAUGAUGACUGAUAUCGAGGACAAUUCAAUCCUUGAUGCCUUUAUAGAAGCAGAACUAGAAUGUCCCUCACCUCGCAAAUUAAUCAACAGUGUGACUGUAUAUGCUUCACGAAUGUUUGACGUCCCAAAAAGGUCCGGCGAUACGGCUUUGAGCGAUUUUGGCUCAGCAGUUCGAGGUGAUGAAAAAAGGAAUCAUGGAGCAGGAGCUCAAGUUUAUAGGGCACCUGAAGUCAUGAUUAAAGCUGCUUGGAGUUAUCCCGUUGAUAUCUGGAAUGUAGGUGUGAUGAUUUGGGAUUUAUUUGAGGGCAAACAUAUGUUCUAUGGUCAAGAUUCCGAUGGGGAGGGUUAUUCUACCCGUGCCCAUCUAGCGGAGGUUAUCGGAAUGUUGGGCCCCCCGCCUUUGGAUUUCCUUGAAAGAGGGGUACGAGUUUCAGAGUUCUUUGACAAAGAAGGUAAAUGGAUAGCUGAGAUGCAUAUUGUGGAAGAUCUAGAAUUGGAGAAAACCGAGCUACGUCUUCAGGGUAGGAACAAGGAGGUGUUUUUGAAUUUCAUGCGUGAAUAA